AUGCCUGAAAUCGUAACGUCAUCACUGUGCGACUGUACACGCGAACAACUGUCUUCACAUAAAUGUGGGAAUAACUUUAGCAUGGCACCUAUUAAACAAAAUACAAUUAAAGGAAAACAUUUUAAAAGUAAAUUUGCACACAGUGGUCCAACACACAACGCUAAAAGGAAAAGAAAAUGGGUCCCGGAAAAUAAAAUAUUUGAUGGAAGUCAAAACGAGGGUUUGGGAUUUGCUUUUAAAAGAAAAGAGAAAAUAAAACAUGAAUACAACAAACUUCUUCGCAAGGAAAGGCGAAAACCACAAAAGUCGACGGUGCAGUUAGAGGAGGAAUAUCCCGAUCAUCUAAAACAUCUUUACCUGGCUGAAAAGGAGCGAUUAGAUAAAGAAGAAGAGGAGAUAAAGAAGAAGAAGAGAGGGAAAGGGAGAGACGUAGAUGAUGAAGAAGAGGAACAGACCAUGAUAUUGGGAUCUUCAUCUGAGAAACAUGUCUCAAAAACAACACCUGACAUCUCUGCUGACCAUUCAACUCAUUCAUCUAAUGUAGCAGAAAACACAAAACAGACUGAAAGCUCCCACAAGACCCCAUUCAUCCAGAGAAAACAGAAUAAAGUGUCAUCGUACCAGAAGACAAAGCAGGAAUAUGAAAGGAUGAAGGAGGAGCGGGAACGAAAAAGAGAAGAAUUCUUAAAAGACAAAGCUCAAAGGGAAGAGGCACUGAAAAAAUACAAAGAAAAGAAAAUUGCCAAAUAUCAGUUGUUGAAAAGAAAAACCAAAAAGGGUCAACCCAACCUCAACCUGCAGAUGGAGCUGUUGCUUCAGAAGAUUCAAGCUCAGCGCAAGUAAAUCAAACCAUCAAUUAAGACUGCUGUUUGGUUAACAUGCACCAUUAUUCAAAAAAAUGUGCUUUGAUUGAUGUACAGUUGUCGCAAAUUACUUGGUUUAUAAUGAAUACUUGUUGUAAAUAAAACCAAAACAUAAACAAUUAAA